AAAUAAUAAUUAAAACCAUAAACAAAUGUAAUAAACAACAAUAUAAAAAACUUAUAAAUAAUAUUUAAAAAACAAAAAAGCCAAUUUAUAGAAUUAAUUAAAAAAAAAUCACAAAACCCAUAAAAUAAACAAAUAACCAAAAAUGAAUCCUAAGUGAAUUGAUUAAUUUUAAUUAACAUUAUCAACUUAAGCUUAUUUUUAUUUAAUUCCAUUAUUAUCUUCAAAUUUGUAAACUUCAUAAAUUUUUGUUUAGAAAUUUUAAGUAAUUUUUUCAAUUUAUUAUUAUUAUUGAUUUAAAUUUCUCAACAAUUGAUUCGCCCUAAUCUACAUUUUAACUUAAAAAGUGGCAUUUUCAGAAGGCUCUAUCAUAUCUAUACUAAGAAUAGUAUUCCCUGGACUUUAUUUAAUCACCUAGGUUAAAUAAGUGAAAUCUAAGACAGCCGAAUCAUCUUUGUAAGUGACUUUAGAAAGAUCCAAAUAUUUUGUAUAUGAAUUAUCCUUAAGCCAAAUAUUAACAAUUAAUUUUUCUCCAACGAUGAAUAUAUUAUCAUUUCUUGUCGCUGAGCAGGUUUAAUCAGAGCAUAUCUUUUUAUCAGUAUCUAAAUCUACUAUGACAAUACAUUCAUGUCCAUUACAUUUUUCAGUGAUUUAUUAAUCUAUAUCAAUCAUAAAAGUCUACACAGUAUUCCUAUUAGUGAAUACUAUAAUAUUAAAUUUAUGCAUUCUGACAACUUUUCUACUAUGACCUAAUUCAAUUGCUAAAUUAAUCACUUAGUAUAUUUAUUCUCCUAGAAUUUUAUUAACUGCUGAAAGAUUAAAAAUAUCCAUUAAUGUGAUAUUUACAAUUGUCUAGAACUUAGAUACAAUUUUAAAAUAUUUAUCCUCCAGAGGUGUAUAGGUUUCUUGUCCAGGUAAUUAAAUAAGUAGACUGGAUCUGAAUUAUUAAUAACAUUCAGGGUCGACUGAAGAACGUCUGAAAUCAAAAUUUAGGUUUGAUUGGAUGUAAUUUAUAUCGUUUAUAUUUUAAAGAUUGCAAUCUGAAUAUACUACGACGUCUUUAAUAUAAUUGUAAAUUUCCCAUUCACACUUGUUGUAUGGUUUAGAGUCUUAGUCGAGUAAUUUUACACAUAAGAGAGGGUUUUAUUUAUCAUAAUCAUAUCCUUCCUUACAUAUACAGAUUCUUCCAUAGAGUAUUUCGGCAUUUAUAUCUUUACAUUAAACACAAAUAUUCGAGAAAGGAUUACAAUUGCAUGUUUAAUGGCAUAAUUUGUCCUUUUAAACAAUUAGAUCUGAAGGAAUUUAUAAUGAAGAAGUACAUAUGUCGAAACAAUUAGUUUAAUAAGAAGAAGAAACGUUAAUUUAAUAAGAGUUUUCGCAUGUACAUUAACAGUUUUUUUAAUUGCUGUCACAUGUAGGGGUUAUUAUGGGUUUAGCAGGAGGAUUUUUCACUGAACAGAUAUUCGAACAGAUUUAAUUUUCCUAAAUUUCGAAGUAAUUCUAACCACAUUUACAGUAGUAAUUAUGCACUAAAUAAAUAUUAUUAAUACAGCAUUCUGGUAUAUUUUAUACUCCAGUAAUGUUUUAAGGAACCUUGUCUCCUGGGCAUUAGCAAAAAGCCUAAGUUUAAUCAAUAUAGCCAAUAUUUAAGUCUAAAUAUGAUUAUAUUUGUAAGUUUUAGGGGCAUAUAGGAUAACAAUUAGUAUCUUUUUCCACUUUAGUGAGUAUAUUAUUGCAUCUACAUUAAUAAGUUUGAUUAUUAUCAGAAGAUGUAGGAGGUAUAUAAGGAGAUUUAGGUGGUUGGGUUAUAGAACAAAAAUUAGAACAGAAUGUAUUUUCGGGCACUUGAGAAUAUUAAUCGUCACAGUUACAAAAAUAUUUAUUUUCUUGAAAUGUUAUAUUGUUACAACAUUACGGAAUUUCUAUUUGGUUUGUUAUAUCUAUUUUUUCGUUGCCGCAUUG